AAUUGGUAAGAAAUCGUAGGCGUGAUUUAUUGAUGCAUUGACUUUAAACCGGUCACCAUGAAGAUCAUAUUAUUGAUAGCUGUGAUACAACUGUUAACAUUUAUAGUGAUUGAUGGAUCACCGUUACCAAAAGAAGAAAAAAGCGAACAAGAAGGAAAAGAGAGUGAAAAGAAUAUAAAAACAGAAGCAACUACUGCCAAAGAUGUUGAAACUGAGAAAGACAAUGACACAAAAUUGAAAUCUGCCAAAGGAAGAAAUGAGAAGUCAACUCCUGAACCAGUAAUCGAAGAAGAAGAGAAUCAAUUCUACAUAAUGGUACCGGCAGGAAAACAAGCACAAAAUUUCAAACCAUUUAACUUCAAGAGAAUUCCUAAAAUGCCUGUUCAACCUAAAUACGUAUUCAAACAACCAAAUUACCCAACAUUACCUUAUGCUUAUCCAAUGUUUCAAGGAAACCAAGAAUUAAUGGAGCCAGAAACUGAAAUAGAGUAUAGUGUACCGAAUAUGAUGACAAAAAUGACAGACAAUCUACCAAUGUAUUACAUACCAUUGCGUAAAGGACAGUUAAGAAAUGAUGCAGAUGACAUGACACAAAUGUAUCAAUCGCCAUUCCUAUUUCAAGAUAAAGAAAUGAACCCUUGGGACCCAUAUUUAGAAAAUCCUGGUUAUUAUAAAUAA